AUGGCACAAGGUUCCCCCAAAGAUGAAAACUUUCAUAAGGAAUAUUUGCAACACAUGUCAGAAGAUUCAAACAAGCAUAUACAGUUGGAUCCUCCGUUAAAAAACAAGAAAAUCAAAGCUCCUCAAAAAUCUAAAGAAGACAGAGCAAAGGGACAUAUAGAUUACAAGUUAUACCUUCAAUACUUGUCCUACAUGGGUGGUAUUAUCCCUACUGUUGUCAUUCUGGCUCUUUUCACGUUGUCACAAACGGUUCAAUCAUUGAACAGCUGGUUUUUAGCAUUUUGGUCCAAACAAACGAAUAGUGGUGCCAUUAAUUCAACAACUGAACAAUCACUAUUCAUAGGCAUUUACAUUGCACUUGGUAUUGGAUGUGCAGUUUGUAUUUUCCUUUCAGAAGUAUUGAUGAGUGUGUUCGGUUUAAAAGCUGCUAAAAAACUCCACGACACAGCAUUUUCCAAGUUGAUGGCUGCUCCAAUUGUGUUUUUUGAUACAACACCUGUUGGAAGAAUCAUGAAUAGAUUUUCUAGUGAUAUUGAAAUCAUUGACAAUUCCUUAAUUACUUCGUUCAAGUCACUAUUGGGCUGCCUUUUCUCUGUGCUUGGAACAUUACUAGUUAUUUCUAUUAUUGUUCCAUGGUUCAUGAUUCCAAUUAUUCCAGGAAUUAUCAUAUACUGGAGGACUCAAAUAUAUUAUCAAAAAACAGGAUGUGAAAUUAAGAGACUUAUUUCAACCAGUAAGAGUCCUCUGCUUUCGCACUUCAUGGAAACCAUCAAAGGAUGUAGUGUUAUUCGCUCUCAAAGAAAGCAAAACAUCUAUACAAAAGAAAACGAAAGACUGGUUGACCAACUUAACCUGGCCAUCUUCACACAAAUUGUUGCUCAGAGAUGGAUUGCUCUUAGAUUGAAAUUUUUUUGGGCUACCAUGACAGGUUUAUGCCUUUCCUAUGCAUUAUCUGUCACCAAUAACGCAGAGUGGUUGGUACGGUACUCCACAGACUUGGAAAAUGAUAUGAAUGCUAUUGAGAGAAUUCUUCAUUAUUGUCAAGAACUACCACAUGAAGAGUCAAAUAAUGAAAUUUCAAUCACUGAUUGGCCCUCCAAUGGAACUAUUAUGUUGAAGAACGUCUCUUUGAAAUAUAGUACAGAUUCCGAGUUUGUGUUAAACAACAUCAAUGUGGAAAUUCAUCAAGGAGAGAAGAUCGGAAUUAUUGGAAGAACAGGGUCUGGAAAAUCCAGCUUGUUGUCUAUUCUCACGCGUUCAGCUGGUUAUGUGCAAGGCGUUGUACAGAUCGAUGAUGUGGACAUUGAGAACAUUAGUGUUAAAAUGUUGAGGUCUAAAAUUGCAGUCAUACCUCAGGAAUCUUCCAUGUUUUCUGGAUCAUUAAGAUUCAACAUUGAUCCUCUUAAUCAAUUUGAAGAUGAGAAAAUUUGGCAUGCUUUGGAGAAAGUUAACAUGAAAGAUAGAGUUUUACAAAUGGAUAAUGAGUUACAAUUUCCAGUGUCCGAGAAUGGAGAGAAUUUUUCAAUGGGAGAGCGUCAAUUACUAUGUAUCUGUAGAGCUCUUCUUAAGAAUUCAAAGAUAGUAAUAAUGGAUGAAGCUACAUCUCAUAUUGAUGAAGAGACAGAUUUCACUGUUCAAGAAAGCUUGAAAAAAGAGUUCUCAGACAAGACUGUUCUCAAUAUUGCUCAUCGCUUGAACACUAUUACCGACUCAGAUCGUAUAAUGUUAAUAGAAAAUGGUUCAUUGAUUGCUUUUGACAUCCCAGAAAAUGUUUUUCAAAUUUUGAAAUGA